AUGGGUUUCCCUUGUCAAGGUACUUCCGGUGACCGCUCGGAGACCAACUUGGAUCAGUGCAUUUCCAUCAUACUACUAGCUUGUUCUGAAUUCGUUCUUCAAAUCCUAUUCAUGCACAAUCACGAAGAUCGUCAAUCAUUAGUAGAUACGGUCACUUUUCUUGAAUCUGAGAUUUCGAAAUUGGUUAUCGAAAACGAGGCUUUACACCGAGAAGCUAAGCGUUUUGAUCGCGAUCGUCGAUCAGUUGAAACGCGAAGUGCAAGCACACAACGAAAGCUCGUAGAUACGGAGAAAAUGCUGCGUUCACGGGAUGACCAAUUGGAACGAGCUGAUCGGCACAUUAGAGAGUUAGCUGAGAAGUUGAGAGAAUUGCAAGACGAGAGACAACAACUCGAAUCAAAUUGGAAUCAAGUCGAAGAACGUUACGAAAGAGAACUUCAAGCAGCUCAGAAGAAGAUUCAUCAAAUUCGCGAUAGAGCCGACCAUUUAGAAGAAACGUGUGCUAUUCUACGGGUGAGC